UUAAUGAAACUUAAUAAUUUUCCCCAAUUAGCAAGUUAGCAUCGUACUCAGUUCCAUCUGGGAGCAGCGUCGUUUGAUGAGAUGCUUUAUCUUGACGUGUAUUUUCCGUUUUAUUCCAAAUCAUUUCCUGCAUUUAUUUGUACCUAGCGUCGUAAGCCUUUAGCUUCAUUGCUAAUCCAAAGCAAAACAGGGCGGGGUAACAGGGUAGGGUAACAGUAUGGACGGGGCACAAUCAUGUUAAUUGUCCGGUGUGCACACAGCUUUAAGCUGUCAUUUCAACAUUAAACUUUGGUAUCAAGGUGGGGGCCUCAAGGUAGCGUCUCGCAUUUGGCCCGCAGGCCGCGAGUUUGAGACCCCUGCUGUUGGAGAUACUUUAGUCCAAUUUAAACACGAACCUAAGCGCCAUUGCAAAUAACCCUAACCCUUCCCUCACAUUUGAUAAAAUAUUUCCAACAUUUUUACCUUUGCCUUGUUAUAUCAGCUCAAUUUGUGUUAGGCACUGACAAUAGAAUUGGUUUUAAGGCCUUAAACGAAGUUUCUGAGUAUGCAGCCACGGGUGGAAAAUGUUUGGACACCCCUGAUGUACGACAAUGUAGAAAGGCUGCUUACAUUUUAAAUUGAAAGUGCAAUUUGAACACUAGAUGGAGACAUUGUUCCAUUUACACGCAAAAGCCUGAAGUCACUUCUAAGACGAUCUGGCAUCUUCUUAGUAGAGACGUGCACAAGUACAGAUGAAAUGCAUUUUUUUGUGACCAAAAACAUCCGACUUUAGUCAGCCUUCAUCCGUGUUUGCGCUAUUUCUGUGGAUUUGUCUGAAAUCGACAUGGCAACUUUCAAAGGAUUUAGUUUAAUACACCAAACCGCGCUUUAAGCUGCCAUUAAUCCUCUUGGUAUUUGGAAAUAGACCGCUCUUUCCAUGGUGCACCUUUUGGAAAAUAAUACAGCCAAGGGAUGUACUUUGCAUCUCAAAGACAACGUCACGUCCUAUGUCUCGUUAGCUCACUAGCUAGCGGUCGUCUGAAGUCUGCAGCAUAAGAGGCGCACAAUAUGACGUCAACGAUGAACAACAGGAGUGUAAAGCUGACUAUAGGGCGUCUACUUCAACCCUCCUCAUCUCUUGAAUCGCCAUUGUUGACGAACAAAUAACGCGCAUGGAUGAUGACGUUGAAGACGUGUAAACCACAGCGUGGAUUUGGCGCCCCCAGCAGGAAGUACAAGUUGGUGAUAAUGUUUUGGGUUUAACCCUAACAUUAAAUUGGUCCUUCGAGCCGGAUUCCAACAGACCCGACGAUUCCAGCGUGGGAGAGAGAUCCAGGCAAGUCUGUGGCCACAGCGACCAAUACCCUUUCCGGGACUGGUUCCUCCCUCUCGGGCUGGGAUCCGACGGUUGACGGAGAUCCAGGAACACGGAGACGAGGACCAACUGGUAGAACCAGGAGAUUGGGUACUGAUUAAAAGCAUCAAGAAGAAGCAUUGGUACUCACCAAAGUGGGAAGGCCCUUAUCAAGUAUUAUUGACCACACCAACUGCAUUAAAAAUAGCAGAACGUAAUACGUGGAUUCAUUUAACUCAUUGUAAAAAGAUUCUGAAAUAUGACUAAAUUAACUGCUUCUAUCGUGAUUUUCAGUGUAGGAGUUCUUAUGUGCGUCAUUACCAUAGCAUUGUGGUACUUACUGUAAUAAAAAAAAAAAAAAAGAGAUUAAAUAAAUAAAUAAAUAAAUAAAAAGGGCUUGUUAAAUAAAUAAAUAAAUAAAAAGGGCUUGUUGGGAGGGUUUCUUUGGGUUCCUACCGUCCUGCAAGGUAAAGUCCGACUACAAAGGGGGCUGCACUUUUAGUGUGUAGUCGUCUCAAACCCGGUGAAGAUUGUCCACAGCCUUGUAGGACUUUAGAGGGAGCCGGGGAAUACCCGUCAACAUGGCCUACGUUAAAAUAGGCAUAGCAUUAUUGGUUACAGUGGGUAUUGGAAUGAUCAUUACAGGCACAGGCUUACUCCUUCAUGACCAGAUGCAACAACCGGACAGGCGACGUUUUUCUGACCUAAACAUAAAACAAAACAUCACGGAUCCUGCUUGUGGCCAACACCAACCUCAGAGUAUGUAUUCCACAAAAUAAAACUACCGUCAUCACUCUAACAGUUAAGCACUUACGUCACAGGGGAACGUAUGCUAAGCCAGAUGGGAGUCCUUGGUACAUGAUUAAUGAUAGAAAAGGGGGUUGGGAAACACUAGUGGCAGAUCCUCAAGGUUACGACUGGUCGUCAUAUACUAAAACUAGUUACGCUAAACAUCAAAGGCCAUUAAUGUCACUUGUUGAGAAAAACCAAGGUAAAACUUUAGUUUUGACUGUAGAUUUGACAUCAGGACAGCUCCUAAGCCCAAUUCCAACCAAAGAUACUUCAUGUGUGUGGUUGGGAUGCACCUGUUGGGAAUUCUUGUUAUGCCAAUGGAGGACAGGCUAUGAUACGUGUUACCCAAUUCAGUUAUGCCAGACUUACUCAGCAAAACUACAAAGACCAGAAUUAACCAGGGCAUCAAUUAGAGCAGGUGUUAAAGUAGCUGUACUUCAAACCACUGAUGAUUGGUUCCAAGUAUUUACUGGUAUUUCUGGCCAAAACAACAACUGGUUACUCAUGGCAGAGCAAGCAGCAAACACCACCAACCAGGACUGUGUGGUUUGCAUGGGACCAAGACCGCUGCUGCAGAUAGUUCCUUCUGUUUUGAAUAAAAGUUGCCUUUUACAGGUCAUGACGAAGACCAACCCCACGGGAAACUGUGCUAUUUUCGAUAAGGUUUUCCCCCUUACAGGUCCAGAGAAGAAGAAACCACUGUUUUCAAAUAAAGUUGCGAUGGGAAAUUUCACAUGUAUUCACAGGACUGGGACUGGCAACACAUUGGGUUCAUUGAAUGUUUCCUUAUGUGUGGAAACUGAGACCGUCGACGUACAUUUUUCUCCCUUAUCACGUAGCGACAUAUGGUGGUGGUGUGGUGGUAACGCCAUAUAUGACAAAUUACCUUUCAAUACUACAGGAUAUUGUGCUACCGUUACCUUAAUUCUGCCUGUACACAUAUUCCAGAUCACAGCAGUUGAGCUACUACAUACAUUUGACACCAUACUCCCACAUUUAUGGACUAGGACUAAAAGAGGCUUGGGAUGGAGUGAUAAUGAUCCAACUUAUAUUGAUGCUAUAGGUAUUCCACGAGGUGUUCCCGAUGAUUAUAAACUGGUUAAUCAAAUAGCAGCUGGGUGGGAAUCUAUUGUACCUUGGAUAACAAUAAAUAAAAAUGUAGAUAGGAUCAACUACAUCCACUACAAUGUGCAGAAGCUAGGAAAUUAUACUCAAGAUGGUUUUCAAGCAAUUCAUGAGCAAUUGUCAGCUACAUCCUUGAUGGCUUUCCAGAACCGCAUUGCUCUUGACAUGUUACUGGCGGAGAAAGGACAUGUCUGCGCCCUUUUUGGUGAGAAGUGUUGCACGUUCAUUCCGAACAAUACAGCAGCAGAUGGCAGCCUCACCAGGGCCUUGGAUGGACUUCAGUCCCUGAAUAAGAAGAUGAAAGAGCAUUCAGGUGUUGAUACCUCUAUGUGGUCUGGGUUCGCUGAUUUCUUCAGUAAGUGGAAGCCUCUUUUAAUGACAAUUGCAUUGGCAGUGACAGUUUUUGUCAGCAUUCUGACAGUGUGUGGAUGUAUUUGUAUCCCCAUUUUUCGCAGGAUUUGCACCCAGGUAAUAUCCUCUGCUAUUUCACCCAUUCAGUUACAUGUUCAAGAGCUUUACACUCUUAUUCCACAACAUGACGACGACGAAGAUGGUGUUAACAUUAAUAAAGAUAGUGUUGACCAUGACGAUGAAACAUCUUUUAACAUUACUGAUCUUUUUCCAGAUCCAGGUGACUAUGAGUAACAUUUCUCCUCUAGGUGUAACUUUUUCUCAUAUGUUUUUGACUUUAUGAUCGAAAAUCCUCGUGAAGUGAUCAAUAAAUGAUGUUCUACAAUGAGUAAAUUGGAUAAACAGGGGGGAAAUGUUGGAAUAAAACUGUAUAUAUCAUGUACUCACAUUUAAUAAGCUUGCUUCAUAUUAUCCAAGUUAAUAUCAUGUAAUCACAUUCUUCAUAUUUUUCUUCAUAUUAUCCAAGUUACUGUUACAUGCACAUAUUAUUCUUCAUAUUAUCCAAGUUACUAUUACAUGCACAUAGAACACACGCUUGCAUAGAGCAUCACAUUCCUUUAGACACUGUUUUCUCUUGAUGUCCUUGAACUAUCUGUCUCUGCUUUGCUUUCUCAAAAUAUGCUUGCUUGAUGUUGAAACCAGUCUCAACCGUGUGAACUGUUCCCCCUCCCUUAGACGAUUGAGACCUAUGUAAUAGGGCACACCUAAACUUUAAUAAAAGAAGGAGAGCAGGGACUGUUUUUCAGAGUAGGUUGGAUGAAUGUUACUGAACAGUCUCUGAUCACUCUCCUU